UCUGCGCAUGACAUCACCGCCUUAAAUACUCCAGUUGCUUUUCCACAUUUCUGUCGGAGGAGACAUAUAGGCUUUUCAGUGAUGUGUUUCUAAGCAGCGGGACCUCGUGGAAAAAAAGUGGCAUUUUUUAUUUUAUUUUAACGGACUCUCUGUUUUUCGGUUGCCCUUGGAAAAACCGCAGAGUGGUAUUUGUGCUCGAAAGACUCGGUUCGAGAAAGAGGGAGGCGUGAAAGGAAAACUUUUUGUGCCAAGGUGAAGAAAUCGAGGUUUGUUGUUUGCGAACGAGUCUAAAGCCAAAAGUUGGGGAUGUCUCUCUCGGUACCUCAGAACGGUGUAAAGGGGGAUAACGAACCCGUCAUCGAGCUUUUUGUGAAGGCGGGCAGUGAUGGAGAAAGUAUCGGCAACUGUCCAUUUUCUCAGCGUCUCUUCAUGAUCCUGUGGCUGAAGGGUGUAGUCUUCAACGUCACCACUGUGGACCUAAAGAGAAAACCAGCUGAUCUGCAGAAUCUGGCUCCAGGAACCCAUCCUCCCUUCAUCACCUUUAAUGGAGAGGUCAAAACCGAUGUCAACAAGAUCGAAGAGUUCCUAGAGGACGUCCUCUGCCCUCCAAAGUACACUAAACUGGGUGCAAGACACCCAGAAUCCAACACUGCAGGGAUGGACAUAUUUGCCAAGUUCUCUGCCUUCAUCAAGAAUUCCAAACCUGAUGCCAACGAGGGUUUGGAGAGGGGACUGCUGAAGACCUUGCAGAAGUUGGAUGAGUACCUGUGCUCUCCUCUGCCGGACGAGAUCGAUCACAACAGCAUGGAGGAAGUGAAGGCCUCCACACGCAGGUUCCUGGAUGGUGAAGAGAUGACACUGGCUGACUGCAACCUGCUGCCCAAACUCCACAUCGUUAAGGUGGUGGCAAAGAAGUACAGAGGCUUUGAGAUCCCUAAAGACAUGACGGGCAUCUGGAGGUACCUGAACAAUGCCUACAAGCGCGAGGAGUUCACCAACACGUGUCCCAGCGACAAGGAGAUCGAGAUCGCUUACGCUGAUGUCGCAAAGCGGCUUGUCAAUUAACAGCUCAAAAUCUCCUCCACUCCACUCCCUGCACCGCUGGAACUGUUAAUUUUUCAUCAUACGAGAAAGAAAAAAAAAAAAGCUAUGGACUCCUUUUUUCCUUCUCUUUUAUUUAGAGUAAAUACCCAAUGCAUGAUUUCUCUUUCUCCGUUACAGCUCUUUAGCACAUAUCAAUAACUCUCAGUGCAGCUGAAAAGGUUUUUUCGCAUUUUUUUUUUUUUUUUUUUUUUUUAGGUCAGACACUUUUUGUCUUAGUUUAAGUGUUAAAGCAGGAAGUGCCAGAUACUGUCGGCGUAUCAAUGGCUGAUAGUGUGUGAGCAUGUGGCUCAUGCAUAUCUAUUCCUCUCACCCACACUAUGUAGCAAUAAGAGUGGGUUCACCAGCCUUUUGUUUUAUUAUGGAUUUAAAAUAUGAAAAAUAUGCUUUUUCUAAGCUUGCAAAGUGAACCGUUAUGAAACACGUCUUGUUUUGUUUCUUUCUAAACGCAUUUGAACAGUGUUGAAAGCUCCAGUGUUUAUUUUCAGAGAGUUUUAGAGAGCAGUGUAGCACCGAAGUCUCAGAAAAUCCUUUAUCGAAGUUUGAAAUGAAGUACAUAAUGACUUGCGUUGAUGUCAAAAAGCCAACACUUAAAUAUGAAGUUCAAAUACACAUUAGUCAACAGUUGUUUGCAGAAAUGGCACAUCAUGCCAGGUAAAUUUGCAGCUGUGGGCUUUUUAUGAAGGAAAGACCUUGUUAACAGAAACUAUAGAUACAUGAAGAGAUCCUAUAGAUCUGCCUUAUUCACUAUAGAUGCAUUAUUUCACAUAAAGAGUGCUGCACUGUCACAACUGCAUUUCAUGGCAUGAAACACAUGAAGGGAAACUCUGGUAGAGGUAGAACUAAAUCACCCGCACUUCACAUGAAGUGUCCUUAAUUUGAAGAGUAGCAAAAAAUGUUUUUUCUUUUUUUUAAAUAAAUGGUUUAAAUAGACAGGGAGCAUCUCAUUUAAAGAGGCUGAGUUUUUAAGAAGUGGUGCUAUCAAAAGACUCUAUAGACAGACAAAUGGCGAUAUAGCCUUACCAAGUUAGCCUACCAAGUUUGAUUAAAGGGUCAGAGUAAAAUACUGCAUUUUAUGUUGAUACGACAUUGAAAGCAAACUUGUUGUUUCUGAUUUGGAUGUUAAUGGAAGUUUAUUAAUGAAAGAAACUGGUUGCCAUGUUUUCUAAUUCUUUUUGUGAUGUAGGGUUAUAAAUCUUGUUUUUGGUUUUCAGAAAUGAACGUGCAAAUUGUAUACAUUCGUGAACUGAAUGUAGCCGUAUGACACUGACUUGUAAUGACACCUCUGGCCUUAUACAUUUUCUCAAGGUAGCAGAAAAAAAGAGAACAUUAAGCAUUGAAUUAAACUCAAAAUCCAACAUAUAAGGAUAAAGACGGAAUAAAAUGAAUUGAGACUCAUCUCUUUGCUGUUGCAAGUGAGCGAGUUGCCUCUCUGUGGGAACAAAAAACAGGAAGAUUGUGUUGCAGAGGAGCUUGUUUCCUUUUUCCUCUCCUCUGUUUAUGCUGAUCCAUUAAUGGACCGGAUGGUUGAGUGAAAAUGUAGAGAUUUUUCUUUUUUCAGCCCCUUAUUCAGUUCACUUUGAGUUCAGAUCAGGAGAUAAUUUGCACACUAUUAGAAAGUUGGACCAGGGCCACUUUUUUUAAAAUGUAGUUUUUCAGCUUUGUGAAUUUAAAGUAAUCCGCAAUGCACCAUGGUUUUUUUUUUUUUUUUUUGAGAGCGAGAGAGAUGCUCCCUCAUUACUAUUUAGCUCAUAUCUCUUUCUGAGAAACUGAAUGUUAAAAUGUUGCUCUUUGUAGAUUUCUGACUGAACCUGUGUAUGUGGGUGCAAGGAACAGGUUUGACAUUAACUCUAAAACACUGCAUGUUUGCCAUAUGCCAUCGCACUCUCAUUAAAUAAACUGCUGGCAGCUAUGACAAA